GGCACUCCAUCUCUGUGAACAGUAGUACAGUAGGCGCAACUAAACCCCGGGAAAAGAGUAAAAUAACUCCACCACGCACCACCAGCGACUCUGUCUUUUAACGCCGAAUCCUAAUCCGCCAUUAACGCCCUCCGCUCGAGCUCGAUUCUCAUCGCAGCGAAGCACGCGCGAGCUUCCGUUCCGUUUAUAAACCCACACCUCCCGUCCCCUCCCUGCUCUCUUUCCGUCGCAGGAUCCGAAGGAGGGCGAGAGGCGAUGCUCACGUGCAUCGCGUGCUCCAAGCAGCUCCCCGGCGGCGCGCCGCCACUGCGCGAGCCGCCUGAGGACGACGAUGACAACGCCGUCGCCGGAAGCGGGGGUGACUCGGCGACCACGCCCACCACGAGGCAGGCUAUUAAGGCGCUCACCGCCCAGAUCAAGGACAUGGCGCUGAAGGCGUCGGGCGCGUACCGGCACUGCAAGCCGUGCGCUGGCUCGUCGUCGGCGUCGGCGUCGCGGCGGCACCACCCGUACCACCACAGCGGCGCGUACGCGGAGUCCGAGGUGGCCUCUGGGUCGGACCGCUUCCACUACGCUUACCGCCGCACCGGCAGCUCCUCGACAUCGACCCCGAGGCUGCCCAGCGUAGGCACCAUCUCCAACGGCGACGUCACGCCAUCAGUCAGCGCGCGCACUGACUUCCCCGCCGGCGAUGAGGAGGGGGAUGAGGAAGAGGAAACGGCGGCGCGGGGCAGCGAGGACGACGAGGCGAAGGAAUGGGUCGCUCAGGUGGAACCUGGGGUGCUCAUCACCUUCCUCUCUCUGCCGCAGGGCGGCAACGACCUGAAGCGCAUCCGAUUCAGCCGUGAGAUGUUCAACAAAUGGCAAGCACAAAGAUGGUGGGCUGAAAAUUACGAGAAAGUCAUGGAGCUUUACAAUGUUCAGAAGUUUAACCGUCAAUCUGUUCCUCUUCCUAGCAUUCCAAGGUCUGACGAUGAGAGCUCCAAAGAGGAUAGCCCAGCUACACCUCGACUUAACAAGGAGCGUCUACCACAUACUUUCCACAGACCACUAACAGGUAGUGGAGCAAAAGGAUAUUCAUCAUCAGAUUCUCUUGAGAACCAACCCAAUCACCUUGGCAACGGUUACCGCCAUCACCGCUACCUUGGACACCAGUGCUAUGAUUCAGUUGGACUGGCAUCAACACCUAAAUUGUCAAGAAUUAGUGGAGCAAAGACAGAAACUUCAUCAAUGGAUGCGUCAGGGAGGACAAGCUCAUCUCCUGAAGAGGUGGAUCGAUCUGGUGAACUCUCGGUCUCUGUUAGCAACGCAAGUGACCAAGAAAGGGAAUGGGUAGAAGAGGAUGAACCUGGUGUGUAUAUUACUAUUCGGGCGUUGCUUGGUGGCAUCAGAGAACUCCGGCGCGUCCGAUUCAGCCGGGAGAGAUUCAGUGAGAUGCAUGCUAGGUUAUGGUGGGAAGAGAACCGGGCGAGGAUACAUGAUCAGUAUCUCUGAUCGAAGACGUUCAAUUAUAUCCUUUGCCAGCUGCUACUUCCAUCAUCAAUCUCAGAAGAAACCAAUUUGUGUACAUUGGGCACUAACAUGGUGUCAUCAGGUUUGCUCCUUGCCUGCGCAACAAUGACCAUAGCAGCCAGGACUGCAUACAUCCGUGACAGUGAGAUUUCAGGUUUCUUUUUUUUCCUGUAACAUUUGCUCUGCUUGUGUGGUAAUUACAUGUUUUCCUUUGCUGCAUUGUCAUAAAAUUGGAUAGGCGGUUUGGAUUGAAAAAAAUUCGAAAAAUUGUACUUUUUAUCAGCCAGAGAUUGCUGUUUAUAAAAAGCAAAAGGUGUUCA